AUGCAUUUAUUUCAUUUAAUUUUGAUAAUUUUGUGUUUUGUAUUAGGAUGUAGUUUAGGACAUUUGAAAGAUAUGGGGGAAGUUACAUUAAACUGGACUGUUGAAUGGGGCAAUCUAGAAAGUAAAAUAGUCGGGGGUACACCAACGGAUCUAAAGCGAUAUCCGUUUAAUGUCCAGUUUUUUAAUCAUGGCGGAAUGUGUGGUGGCACCAUUCUAACCAGCAAAACUGUGUUGACGGCGGCUCAUUGUUUUGAUUUCAACCGUAAUAUUGCGUCAAUGAUUGUGUUGUCGAAUUCUCGCUUUGUUUUCGAUCUCAAAGCUCGUUCUCAUGAAGUUUGGGAUUAUAAAAUACACGAACAUUAUAACGAAACCAUUGUAUUUUCUAACGAUAUAGCUAUCAUAUUGAUUCACGAUCAAUUUAAGUUUGACAGCACAGUUAAAAGAGCUGUCUUAUGUGAUAAUGAUAAUUGGAUGAACGAGAAAGAAUUAUUUGAUGCGACUGGCUGGGGUGAUAUUAAGUAUGGGGGCGAUACAUCGAAAACUGGUUUGAUGCAUACACAAUUGAGAUUUAUUUCAAGGGAAAGUUGUAAUACAUAUUACAGGGGUUUUUUGAGUCCAGACAUGUUUUGUUUGUAUGGCGACGGAAAAAGAGACACCUGUCAAGGAGAUUCGGGUGGAGGAAUAGUGUGGAAAAACAUCAUAGUUGGGAUUGUAUCACACGGCAGAGGAUGUGCCGUUACACCCGGUAUUUAUACUAAUGUGUUCUUUUUCAAGUCAUGGAUUCGUAGUGCUGUCGAAGUAUUAUAUGAAAGGCAUUGCCUAUUCCAUAGAAAUUCGCUUCAAGAUAUAACAUAA